AUGCCUCACGAGGUCGUGCCCCUCGUCGACUCGGCGAGCACUUCGCCGCGCUUCCGCGCCUCCGCCCCGCCGUCCAAGGGCCGCUUCACCUCGUCGGCCGCCCUCAUCUGUGUCAUUUUCGUCGCCGCAGUCCUCGUCGCCCACUACCUGCUCUGGUCCGCCUCCGUCCGUCCGGACCACCUGGAGGGCCCGGAUGUACUCGCGCUGGCCAAGGAGGGAGGGGAGCCGCCCAAGGAGGGAGGGGAGCCGCCCAAGGAGGAAGGGGAGCCGCCCACCGCCCCGGUCGCAGUCCAGGGAGACGUUAUCCCACCCGCCGUCGAGGAAGACCCUCAUGACCCCCCAGAUACUUCGGUAGCCGUCUUGCCUGCACCGGGCGAUCGCCAAUGUAAGGGCAUCAAGUACGCCUUUGACAACGACGGCAAGCCGUGCAUGGACCUCAAGACCCCGAUGUACAAGCAGCUCAUCUACGUCACGGACCGCCCAGACGUCCAGUACCUCUACUGCGGCAUCCCGAAGAACGGCUGCACCUACCAUCUAGCCAUGCUCAACCGCAUCUACGGCGCCAAAAACUACGAGUCCGCGGCCACCAUCCACGACAAGGACCGUAAGAACAUCUUCACGCUUUACGCGAGAGACUCAGAGACUAUUGCUCGUAUGUUGUCCAACGAGACCCUGCCAAAGUACAUGGUCAUUCGCAACCCGCUGAGACGGACUCUGUCGGCAUACUUGGACAAGGUCGAGCCGUACCUUCCGGAAUCUAUCCGCACGUCCGCCACGUUCCAUGACUGGAUUUACGACCAGUUCCCGGUCGACUUGCCGGCAGAUUAUGACUGGCGGAGUACCAACCCUCAUUGGAAGCCGGAGCGCGAGUUUUGCGGAUACAAGAUCCGAGAUGUACAAAAGGUCUUCAAGGUCUUCCGCGUCGAAAACCCGGAAGAUUACGUCGAGUACCUGUAUACUAUUAUUCCAGAAAAGUAUUUGAAGGAUGGGUGGGGACGCAAGGAAAACAUGAACUUUCGCGACCACGUGCUCGGCCCGCGGAAACGCACGGGCAACACAGACGAAAAGUUUGAGCGGUAUUUUGAUGACCUGGAUGUGUUUGAUCACAUGGCGAUGAUCCUCAAGCAGGAUAUCGAUGUGCUUGGGUAUAGGGAGGAGGUGGACGAGAUGCGGGCAAAUUUGAAACGCAGGAUGAAGGUGGCAUGACGUAGAGGAUUGUUGGUAGGGCCUGUCGAAGAAAUGGGUGUGAAGGCUCAAGCAGAACACAUUUGUACAUAAGUAUGGUUUUGGUGAGGAAAUGGAAAUCCUUGGCAUGCGAGCCAUAGGAGCCAGCUGUCAGUUUGGAAAAGCAAAGAUUAAUAUGUUCACUCGUC